AUGGACGGCACCACCCAACGCCGCGGCGGGCGCUUCUCCAUCACGUCCAUACUCGCCCUCGCCCUCGCGGGCCUGCAGUUCAUCUGUGCCAUCAUCAUACUCGGCCUCGUGGGCGUGCGCUUCGGCAGCACGUCAUUCUCUGCAGCUGUCUACUCCAUCGUCCUCUCGUGCCUCACAGUCGUCACGGCUCUAGCCUUCGGCUUCCUCGCCUCCCGCGCCACGGGCGGCGGCGGCCGCUCCCUCCUCCUCGGCACCCUCUGCUGGCAGGUCAUCAUGGUCAUCCUGUGGGCUGCCGCGGCGGGCACCUUGGGCAGCUAUCGGGGCCGGUCAACGGGCUUGCGCGCCGCCAUGGCGCUGGCGAUUAUUCUGAUGCUGAGCUUUGUGGUGGGUGCGGCCGUGCAGGGACUGCGGGUUUGGAGGGGACGGAGGGCGGAGGGGAAGGUUGGGGGUGUUUGA